AUGAAGUUUGGAUAUAGAUUCUCUAACCUUCUUGGUACAGUGUAUAGCAGGGGUAAUUUGUUAUUCACACCCGAUGGAAACAAUGUCAUCAGUCCAGUCGGCAACAGGAUCACAGUGUUUGAUCUUGUCAAUCAUACCUCUAUUACACUACCAGUUCAAACACGUCGUGAUAUCAACAUAAUGGCACUAUCACCAAAUGGAAGGAUAUUGCUUGCCUCUGACGAGGAGGGACAGAUGAUCAUUGUCAAUAUGCAGAUGCAUGUACAGCUUGGCACAUAUAAGUUCAAGCAUACACCGGCCACAAUGGAGUUCUCACCAAAUGGACAGAUGAUUGCCAUUGGUGUGGACAAUAGAGUGUUCAUUUACAAGUCACCACUGGCUGAGAAGUCACUCAAUCCCAUGGUUCGUCUAUCACAUUUCCAACAUGCUCAGAACAUAGCAUCACUAGAUUGGGCCGAUGAUUCAAAAAAGUUAUUGAUCACAUGCAAGGGUGGAGUGAUAUUCAUUAGAGAGGCGAAUGCUCGUAGAUCACAUAUGUUCCAGGUACAUGGUUCAGAGUCGAUACAUACAUUCUUUGGAAAUAGCGAGGGUACGGUCGUUCAUUCAGUGACGAGAAAGGGACUGCUUCAAUGGAAGUUCUACACUGAUGAGGAGCUUUUGCGCGGUGGCUUGAUCGAGCCCAAGACUGAAGAUGGCAACGAGGUAUCUGUCACAACGCAGUCGGGCAACGUCAGUGUCGCCACGGCCAAGAAGGAGAACGCGACAACAGGUCGCUGGAGAUACGAGGGUCUCAAGCAGUUUGACUCGGGCAUGGGCUACAAGGUCAAGUGCGCCAGGUAUCAUAAGCGAGCACAAUUGUUGGUCGUUGGCUACAACAAUGGUCAAUUCACAUUGUACCGGAUGCCAGACAAUCAGGAGCUGUACAAGCUCAACAUAUCAUCGCACUCGAUCUCUUCGGUGGCCUUCAACAACACUGGUGAGUGGCUGGCAUUUGGCUGCAAGGACCUGGGUCAGUUGCUCGUCUGGGAGUGGCGCUCAGAGACCUACAUCCUCAAGCAACAGGGCCACGCCUACAACAUGUCGGCACUGAGCUAUAGCCCCGAUGGACAGAAUAUCGCAACGGGCGGUGACGAUGCCAAGGUCAAGGUGUGGAACACCACCUCUGGUUAUUGCUUUGUCACAUUCUCCGAUCACGAGGCACCCGUUACAGCCGUGCAGUUCUCGCCCGUCGCCAGUCAGAACGCAGUGUACAGCGCGAGUUUGGAUGGAACCGUGCGAGCAUACGACCUGUUGCGUUACAGGAACUUCCGUACGUUCGUCAGUCCCAACAAGACGCAGUUUGGCAGUCUGGCCAUCGACCCAGCUGGCGAGAUUGUCGUGGCCGGCUCUACAGACACAUUCGAGAUAUACGUGUGGUCGAUCCGCACUGGCCGUCUGACCGACGUGCUGGCGGGUCACACCUCGCCCGUUUCCAGCCUGUCGUUCGACCCCAUUAACUCGCUGCUGGUCAGUGGCUCCUGGGACAAGACCGUCAAGAUAUGGGACAUUUAUGAUGAUGGUGCCACCAAGGAGACCAUCCAAAACAAGUCCGACGUGCUGGCCGUCGCCUACAGUCCCGAUGGACAGCGACUUGCUUGCUCAACACUGGACGGCUCGAUCCAAAUCUUUGAGACAGCCAACUGGACUCAGAUGGGCAUCAUCGAUGGAAGGAACGACAUCACUGGAGGACGUGGCGCAAACGAUCACUUGAUGGCCAAGACCAACCCAGCGGGCAGAGCAUUCACACACAUCUCCUUUACACCCAACGGACAAUGUUUGAUUGCCGGUGGUGACAGCAAGUACAUAUGCAUCUACCAUGUGGAGCAGGCCAUUCUCCUCAAGAAGUAUCAGACAUCGGGCAACUUGUCGCUGGACGGAAUCCUCGAUCUAUUGGACUGGCGCAAGCUGACCGAGUUUGGACACGCAGAUUUGAUGGACCGCGACUUUGAAGAUGGAGAGCAGCGCAAGGAUGAUUACCUACCAGGUGUGAAACGUGGAGAUAUGAGCAAGCGUAACACAAAGAAGAAGAUCAAGACCUAUGGAUUGGCCAUGUCACCGACUGGUCGUGCAUGGGCAGCCACCACCACUGAAGGACUCAUGGUCUACUCACUCGAUGAGAAUCUCUUCUUUGACCCAACAGACCUUUCAAUCGAUAUCAACUCUGACACAAUCCGUGCGACACUCGCCGACAAGGAGUAUCUACGAGCAUUAAUUAUGAGUUUGAGACUUAACGAGAAACCAUUGAUCGAGGAGGUGUAUGAAGCCAUCCCACCUAACCAUGUAGCAUUCGUUUGCCAUGAGUUCCCUCUGUAUUAUCUGAAGAACUUUAUUCAGUUCCUCAGCUAUAACUUUGACAGAAAGCCACAUCUUGAGUUCCAGAUGAAUUGGAUCCUUCAUCUAUUGACCUACCAUGGCAAAUACAUCAAGUCCAACAGUAACUCAAUGAUUGAAUCAUUGAGAAACUUGCAAAAGGGUCUGGCGCAACAAUACUCUGACCUGUCACAAGUAUGCGAUGACAAUAGGUACACGUUGGAAUACUUUGCCAAGAUCGCCUCACUUCCAAGGAGAGAGGUUGUGGAUGUAAAGGAUGAGAAGGUUGAGGACAUGCAAGAUGACGAUGACGAUGCAGAUGAUAUGGAUGAUAACAUUUAUAUUGCACAAACAAGAUAA